AUGGUUGUCUCAAAAAAAAAGGUGAGAAAUAUAGAUGAUUUGUUUGAACCGAGAGUUAAAAGGACCAAGCCUGAUAAUUUUAUUGAGCAAAAUACACCAUCCGAUGAAAUCUAUGUUUCUAGCACUAGUACCCCAUUGUUUAUCGAAGUAAAUAGUACAGUUGAUGCAGCUAAUACUGUUGUAAACACUACUGAUCUUAACCCUAAUACGCAGGACACAUUGGACCUCGAAUUGUCUUCUCCAUUGAUGAUAGAGGAGAAUGACUUAAUGCCAAAAGAAAAAACAGAACAAAAAUCCAGCCAAACGAAAACAAUAAAAAAUGACAAGACUGGUCCUAUAACAGAUCAGGAAGUCCUUAAAAGUAAUUCCCAUACUAAUAAUGAUCACAAUAAUAAAAUUUCUAUCAAGGAUAUAUUAUCUUGUCAGAAAAAAAGAAAAACUGCAUCCAUUACGAAUGAAAAAGAUAUAAUCGAAAUUUUAGACGAUACUAGUCAAUUUCAGGAUACAAAUGUUUCCAAGUUCAACAGUGAAAACGUCGGAUCUCAUAAGAAAAAAUUAAUUACUUCACUUCUAAAUGGUAAUAAUAGCACAACACUAACCGCAUCUGAAAAACAACAAAAAAAAAUAAAAAUUCAAAAUGCAAAAAAAAAAUUAACGAGUAUAUUAUCGGGGAAUAGUGCCAUAGAGUUCAAGAGAUAUAGUACUGUUUCAAAAGAUGAACGAAUGAAAUUACCGUUAUUCCCCAAAUUACAACAUGUUGGAUACACUUCCCAAAUCUUCGAUUAUAAUGGGAUGAAUAAUGAUUAUUUAACAUUUUUAGACAAAAAAAAAAGUGUAAAAGAAUGUUUGCAAAAAGAUGAAAAUUUUGUUCACAAUACAUUGCCAGACCAGUAUCUGGGAAACAAAGGGUCAACGUCAAGUACAAAUCAUGAAAAAUAUCCCAUUAAUAUAAAACCUGAAUGUUUUGAAAACAUAACUUCGUUAUGGUGUAAUUAUUUUAAACCGGAAAAUGUUAGCGAUUUAUUGAUCCCUAGAAAAUUCGCUGAUCACUUUUUGGAUUAUUUGGAGAAAAGUUUUGAUAAAUUGAAAACUACAAAUACUAGAAAUAAACUGAAAAACAAUUAUAACAACAACAAGACUAACACAACAACCGAAUUUGACGACUUUAUAGUUCCCGAUGAGUUUUUAUAUGAGGAAAUUAAGGAAAGUGGAUGUGAGGGGAGUAUAAUUGAUUAUGUUCCGAUAAUCAUAGUUUACGGUGAAAAUGUAGGGAAAAACGCAUUAAUUAGCACAUGUUUAAAGGACUGUGAUAUUUUUGAAAUAAACAGUGGUAUCAAUCGAGGUAAAAAAGAUAUUACGUCUACAGUUGUAGAGGCAUCAACUUCAUAUUUUCUUAAUCAGGAACAGAUUACCUCCAACACUAAUACUAACUUUGGCAACGACCUCAAUACUUUCACAACCAAUACAGGAAAGCGUAGAGGAGUUAUACUUUUCGAUGAUGUAGAUGUACUAAUAAAAGAGAAUGAUAAAUUUUUUUGGAAUUGUGUAGAAAAAGUUUUAGAAGUUAGCAGGAAACCGGUAAUUUUAACAUGUAGAGAUAUAAAUUAUAUCCCAAUGAACCUCCGGUACUGUUGUGAAUUGGAAAUGGGAUUAUUUGAAAUACCUAAACCAGAUGAUGAACAAUUAAUUAAAUAUUGCCAAUCUUCUUUGAAUAAAAACAACAUAUCACUUCCAAUAGAGGUUAUAACAUAUUUGAACAAAAAAUAUCAUUCUGAUAUCAGAAAAAUUUUUAUGGAAUUACAAUUCAUAUGCAUGGGGAAGCAGUUUACAAUACAGGAACAGCCCGAAAAUUUAAGAGAGAGAAAUGAUGAAGGGUUAAUCAGUUUACAAGACUAUUCUGAGUUCCACAAUAAUCUCUCUUUAACUGAUGUUUUGUCAAAAAAUGUUGAAAAUAAAUCGAAUUUGAGAAAAGCGACAGAGCUUAUACAAUUAUCUAAUGGGCAAGAUCAUUGUAAAAUAAACCCAGACACUUUGAUAUGUUACAUGAAAAGAUACACAGAUUAUAAUAAUAUGAACGCUUUGGAAGAGUAUGAACUAAAUAUUGGAAAAUAUAUUUAUAAAGAAUUGACUAGGCUCAAUUAUAUUGAAGAUUGGCGUGUUCCUGAUAAUUUUGUUCGCAUGUUUGAUAAAUCAAUGUUGUAUUUAAGCAAAAAAGUAACUGAUAGGCAAAAAUUGUCGGAGCAGUACGGAAGGAUUCAGAGAACUAGGUAUUCUAAAAGGAAAAAAUAUGAACUUUUAAGGUAUUUUGGAAGGCACAGCGAAAACUCGGACAGUGACAGGCUUUCUGAAAAUUCAAUGGAUCAAGUUAAAACUGGAAUUCUAAUUGCUCAUCCAGAAAUUAGAGAAUUGAAAACCUUUAUUCUUCCUGCUAUUUUAGAAUUUGCCACAGUAGAUGAAAACUCAAAAAAUAAAAAUAUGCAUCUAUUUACCCAUUUGAAAACUAAAUUCCCCGAAUGGAGUAAAAAUGAAAUUUUUGAGUACUUGUUGGAAAAUAAGCUCCUAGAACCAGUGUGGUUCAAUCAUGACCCCAAAGAUCUACUAAACGUUUAUAUAAAUAGUAAAAAAUAA